UUAAAAGAGUUAGAAGACUUAAUAAUAUUUCACAAUAUGAAAAUAACGAAAAUGAUGAAAAUGUAGAAUAUUUUGAAUAUGUAGAAUAUGAUGAUGAGGAAAUAAUAGAUGCGGAUAAUGAAGAAGUAAUUUUAGAAGAUGAUGAAAAUGAAUAUAUCGAUUUUGAACCGCAAGAAACAAACUAUGAAAAUCAAGUAUUCUUAGAAUCGAUUAAAUAUAUAAUAUCAUCAUUAAUUCCACAAUGUCCAAAAGAAAUUCUUUCAGAGAUAUAUUCAUUUAUUAGAAAAUUAUUUCCAGAAAUGGAAAACACGUUCCACUCAUAUUAUACUAAAAAUUAUUCUAGUAAAGCAAGAGAUAUGGUAUGGAAAAAUCUUAUUAAGAAAUAUCAAUUUAUUUUAGUACCGUUGAUUUAUAUUAUUAAUAGUCAUAAAGAAAGCCAGGAAUCCAUUAAUGAUAAUCGUUCUUUAAACCAUGCAAUAAAAUUAUAUCAAGAAGCAGAAUUAAUUCGAGAUUGGCCUAAUCCUUUAGAAAUUAAUUUCCUGCAAAUAAAAGAACCUAACAACUAUGCAACUAUUCCAUGUAAAAUAUACGAUUUAGAAAUACCUCAUGCCUUACUUGAUACGGGUUCUGAUGGUUCACAUCUUUCUAAAAAUAUUGCCGAUCAUAUUGAAAAAUAUUUUGAUUUAAAAUUAGAUAAAAAAAAGACUUAUAGACUUUCAGGGGCGGUUGGAGAAAAACAAUAUAUAGGAACAUUUCACGAUAUUCCAAUAACUAUAGGUAUAGGAAAUGAUACUUUAACUAUUUCAGAUGAAUUUUCAGUUCUUCCAACGGAAAAAGAUCAUAAUGGUAAAGAUAUAUCAUUAUUUAUUCUUGGUACCAAAUGGCAACAUUGUGCCGGAUGGGAGCCAAUAGUAAAAGGCGAAUUUAAAGCUUCUUGCAAUGGAAAAAUCAUUACUAUUCCACUUUCAGUUCAUAAACCUCAGCAAAAUGUUUUUAGCAAGGCUAGCUUAAAUAAUACAGAAAAAAAAAAUGCGUAA